AUGAUAAAAAGUACGAACAAAUCAAACUCUAAUGUGUUGGAAGAUUUGAAGAAGAGCAUUGAUCCAGCUAAGUCAAAUAUCUGUGUGAACUCUGUGAGGAGGGUGAAUAAUGGCAUCAUUCUUAGCUGCGAAAAUGAAGCAUCAUUAUCCAAGCUGAUGGCGAGUAUACAGGGAGAACUCGGUGCGAACUUCACUGUCAAUGAGAUCCAGAAAUAUCGCCUACGCAUGGUGAUAAAUAAUGUAGAAUGCGCCUACACAAAAUCUGAGGGAUUAAUCGAGAAGAUCUUGUCCCAGAAUGAAUUUGGUAUUUUCAGUAGUGAGGAUAUAAAAACUGUAACCACUUUCAGAUGUUCCGAAUCUACUUUAAAUGUUGUCAUUGAAGUUAGCCCAAAAUUUACAAAAACGUUGCUAGAUAGAGGUCAUAUAUACAUGGGUUGGCAAAGAUGUCCUGUGCGGGAUUAUGUACGAAUUGUACGCUGCUAUAAAUGUUCAGGUUUUGGCCACAUGGAAAAAAUUGCAUACAUUCUAAAGUAUCAUGUCCUUUAUGUGCUGGAGAUCAUUUGGAAAAAAAUUGUAAAUCUGCUUUUAAGAAUUGUUCAAACUGUAUGA